CGGGUCACAUGGUGCGGGGGGAGGGAGCGGGGCCUGUGGGACCCGGAUCCGCCGCCAUGCCGCUGCCUGUACCCGGCUGCCCUCGGCUCGGCCCGGCCCUGGCCCUGCUCCUGCUGCUCCUGGGCCCGGCGCGGCCCAUCUCCUUCCAGCUGCCGGGCAAGGCCCGCAAGUGCCUGCGCGAGGAGAUCCACCGCGACACGCUGGUCACCGGCGAGUACGAGAUCGGGGUCCCGCCGGGGGCGGCCAGCGGCCCGUCCGCCAAUCUCAAGAUAACUGACUCAGCUGGACACAUUCUCUACUCCAAGGAGGAUGCCACUAAGGGCAAGUUCGCCUUCACCACUGAAGACUAUGAUAUGUUCGAGGCUUGCUUCGAGAGCAAGCUCCCUGUGGGAACGGGGCGGAUGCCGGACCAGCUCGUGAUCCUGGACAUGAAGCAUGGAGUGGAAGCAAAGAACUAUGAGGAGAUUGCUAAAGUGGAGAAGUUGAAGCCCCUGGAAGUGGAACUGCGGCGCCUGGAGGACCUCUCUGAGUCUAUUGUCAAUGACUUUGCUUACAUGAAAAAACGAGAGGAGGAGAUGCGGGACACCAAUGAGUCGACCAACAUCCGGGUCCUGUACUUCAGCAUCUUCUCCAUGUUCUGUCUCAUCGGACUGGCCACCUGGCAGGUCUUCUAUCUGCGUCGCUUCUUCAAGGCCAAGAAGCUGAUUGAGUAAAGGGGUAAUUCCCCUUCCCCUCCUCUCAAACCCAGCUGGACACCGCUGGGACCCAGCCAUGGCCCUCCAGAGCCAUCGCAGAUGAUACAUGCUGAGUGGAGGUUUUCUGCAGGAACUGUCCCCUAAGAGGGGAGGGGAGUAUAAGCACUGGAGACUACAAGGGGGCUUCUGACCUCCUGUUGGAUGGUGGGGGCGGGGGAGGUUGUGGUGGGUUUGGGGACUCCUGAGGCAGUGAUGAAAUAAAAUUUGUUUCUGUGACAGCUGCAGUUGGUUUUGCACGCUGUCUUUUCUCCUUUUAUAUUCUAAGCUUGGUGUCUCCCAUCUGUUUGUGACCAUUGUGUUACUCUGAGCCACUUGAACCAGCUAAGCUCAUUAGGUGCCAUGCAGCUAGAAUUUGGGGAAGGGGAAACUCCAAAGUUCUGGAACCCAACCAUAUGCAAACAGCGCUUGGUGCAAAGUGACAGGGGUUGCAGUGCUAGCAGGGAGGGGACACUGAAUUUUAGCCUCUGUCAUAGACAUUGGUGUUUCUCCCUGUGGGAGCUGGAAUCUUUGUGAUGAUGGGUCAAUGCAUUCAGGCAGAUAAGGGUUGGGUUUGGAGGAUGGGGAGCUAACAGGCUGGGCAAGAUUUUGCUGAGCUUGAAGAGAAGCCUGCCUGACUCAAACAAGCUGUUGAGAGUCAGCCCCACCCUGUCCCUAUGUGUUUGUCUUGGAUUUGCUUCUCUUUCUGAAACGAUGCAGCAGUUCCCUGAAAGCGCCUUGGUAACUGAGGGACCUUUCUGUGGAGGCAGAAGGCCUUGCUCAGAUUCAGAUUUGCAAUGCAGGCUUGGGCCCAUCUUUAGAAUGGGAGCAUGGUAGGUUGGGAACUUCGUGAGGCCCUCUUCUCAUCUGCUAGAGUUAAUGCCAAGUGUAGCUGGCUGGACCUUCAUUCCCUAUACAUGACAUGCCCUGCUUUAUGUUCUGGGGAUGUAUGGGACACCCUCCAGGCUGGCAUUCAGAGGAGCCGAGGGAGUGCAGAUGAAGUGGAGUACAGUACACAAUGGGAACACGGAUGUGCCCCUUCCGAGGGUCUCUGAGUUGACGAGCACAUGUGACAAUGGCAGAAGUGUCUUCCCUAAACUGGUGAGAGCAGCUGUGCUGUAUGUAGUGAGAGGCCCUCUGUAGUCCUACUGCCUCUAGCACAAUGUUGGAUUAAACAGGCCAGGUAGGUUCAUUUCCUGGACUUAUGCCACAAGGGUUUCUGGGCAGAAUUAUGAAAAUUCUUUCAUCUUCCCUUAGAGCAAAAAGACCAUCAGGGCCUAGCCCCUGAUCACACACCCGUCGUCCUUCCAGCCCAGAGGUCUCCCUGCCAUUCAGACAAAGCAGCGUUUGUGUUGUUUGUGUUUUCUGAAAUUAUUUUGUGAAAUGUUUUUCUAGUAUGAAUUUAUCCUUCUGCUAUUUAGAAACAAAAAAAAA